AGGCUGUGAUGACGUCAGAUAUAUGCGACUCACCUAACAACAUGCGGGGAAGAUGCGUUGACUGGAGCCAACGUGCGGACUAACAAAACAUCACAUUCACUGAACGAAAUCGACAAAUACUAAAAAGUUGAGCUGGUGUCGCGAGCAUCAUGGCGAAUAUUAACUUUCACUUCAAAACGAAUUAUGUUGUUUCGAGUAAGAUCGAGCCAUUCUAUAAAGGAGGAAAAGUGCAGAUCAGCAAGGAUGAGCAAUACAUCUUUUGCACCUGUGGCUCUCGUGUCAAUGUUUUGGAAAUCAGCACAGGGAAGAUCGUCCACAGCAUUGAGCACGAUGAUCAAGAGGACAUCACAUCGUUUGCGCUAAGCUGUGAUGACGAGAUGCUGGUAACAGCCAGCAGAGCGCUCCUUCUCAAGCAGUGGGACUGGAGGCAAGCGCAGUGUACUCGCUCCUGGAAGGCCAUACACACUAUUCCUAUAGCCAGCCUGACGUUUGACUCCACCUCCACGCUCUUGGCCACAGGCGGUUGUGACGGCACUAUCAAACUCUGGGAUGUGGUGAAGCAGUACUGCACUCACAACCUGAAAGGCUCUUCAGGUGUUGUACACCUGGUUGAGUUCCACCCAGACAGCGAGCGUCUGCAGCUCUUCUCGUCCUCUCUGGACUGCGGCAUCCGGCUGUGGGACCUGCGCACCAGCCAGUGUGUGUUUGUGCUUCAGAGCCACUACAGCGCCGUCACUUCCCUCAGCUUCAGCCCUGACGGUGACACCAUGAUCAGUUCAGGGAGAGAUAAGAUCUGCACAGUGUGGGAUCUGAAGAGCCAGACAGCUAAGAGAACAGUACCCAUCUAUGAGGCUGUGGAGGGUGUUGUGAUCCUGCCUGCCAAAACAAACCUCUCUCAAAUUGGAGUCAAGAACAGAGACUUGCAUUUCAUCACAGCUGGCAGCAAAGGGCUGUUGAGAGUGUGGGAGGGCAGCACGGGCCGCUGUGUCUACAACCAGCCCCUCCCGUCCACGCUCGGCCCGUCCUCCGAGGAUGAGGAGGAGAAGGACGACGACGACCCCCGCAGUCUGACGUACUUGCUUCACCUGCCCGCCUCCGCCAGGCUUGCCACCGUCACUGCGGAGCACAACAUCGUGCUCUACCAGCUGCCUGAUCUCAGCACACAGCAGCAGUUUGUGGGUUACAGUGAUGAGGUGCUGGACGUAAAGUUCCUGGGUCCAAACGACAGCCACAUUGUGGUGGCGACCAACAGCUGCCAGCUCAAAGUGUUUGAGCUGCUCGCCAACAGCUGCCAGAUCCUCUACGGGCACUCGGAUACUGUGCUGUCGUUGGACGUCUUUAAAAAAGACUGUGUCUUUGCGAGCUGCGCAAAGGACAGGUCAGUGCGUGUGUGGCACAUGGACGCUGACAGCGGCCACGUUCGCUGCGUGGCAUACGGCACCGGCCACACAAACGCUGUGGGCUCCAUUUCCUGUUCCAGGAUGAAAGCGUCCUUCAUCGUGUCCGGCAGUCAGGACUGUACAGUCAAGGUGUGGGAUCUCCCUGCAGACUUGCUCGCCGCAGAAACGGACUUGCACCAGCUGGCUGCACGGGCCACAGAGAAGGCACACGAUAAGGAUGUCAACAGCGUGGCCGUUUCGCCCAACGACAAGCUGCUGGCGUCCGGCUCCCAGGACCGCACGGCCAAGCUGUGGUCCCUGGCGGGGGAGGGGACGGUGGACCUGCUGGGCGUGUUCCGGGGCCACCGCCGCAGCGUCUGGGCCGUCUGCUUCUCGCCCGUCGACCAGGUGCUGGCCACCUCCUCCGCGGACGGCGCCGCCAAGCUGUGGAGCCUGCAGGACUUCAGCUGUCUCAAGACAUUCGAAGGGCACGACGCAUCCGUGUUGAAGGUCAUCUUUGUGAGCCGAGGCACUCAGCUGCUCAGCAGCGGCUCGGACGGUUUGGUGAAGCUGUGGACCAUCAAGACCAACGAGUGUGUGAAGACGCUGGACGCCCACCAGGACAAAGUGUGGGGGCUCCACAGCGGCAGGAAAGACGACAAGAUGGUGACCGGGUCGGCCGACUCCAUCAUCACCGUAUGGAUGGAUGUGACGGAAGUGGAGCUUGCCGAGGAGCAGGCCAAGCGGGAGGAUCAGAUCAUCGAGCAGCAGAAGUUGUCCAACCUGCUCCAUGAGAAGAAAUACCUGAAAGCUCUGGGCCUCGCCAUCUCGUUGGACCAGCCGCACACUGUGCUGUCUGUAAUUAAAGCAAUCCGUCAAACAGGAGACAGUAGUGAGCUUCUGGAGAAGACCGUUUUGAAACUUCGAGUGGAUCAGAAAGAGUCGCUGCUGCGCUACUGUGGGGUGUGGAACACGAACGCCAGGAAUUGUCUGGAUGCCCAGGCUGUCCUCAAGGUUCUGCUCACGCAUCUCCCGCCUGACGAGCUGCUGCAGUACCAGGGCGCCCGCGCCGUCCUGGAGGGCCUCAUACCGUACACAGAGAGACACAUGCAGAGGAUCGGCCGUCUGCUGCAGGCGUCCAUGUUCCUGAACUACAUGUGGCAGAAGAUGAGAGUGGCCGGAGCGCCAUCCUGCGUUGAAGAAAUGGACACUUCGCCUCUUGGCUCUGAGCCCGUCUGUAUGAUCGACAAGGAGGCGGCGACGGGGACCGGCAAAGAAGGUAGCGGAAACGAUGGAGAUCCAAAUUGUCCCGCUGAGGAGGAAGGGCACGCCGACGCCGACGAGGUGAGCGCCACCGAGAAAAGCGCCACAAACGGCAACCACCGACCAGAGGAAGAGACUGAGGAGAGUUCUGAGGAAGACGAGGAGCCGGAUCAAAUGACAGUGAACGCUGCAAAAUGCUCGCCUCUCACCAGCUGACCGACUUCAUGAAGCUCGCACCCGCGGUCAGCGUUGCUCAUUCAAUGGAUCCAGCGAGCCAUUGAGGAAGCAAGGGGGAUGGUUAUGCGUUUACGCAUUAAGCGUGCCGCGAGUAAAAAAGCAGGAAGAAGAACCGACUCCAACAUCUCGACUGUACGCUGCCUCCCGCGGCAGAUAUCAACCAUGGCGGUUUUGUUCCUCCCAAUCGCCGGGUUCCUCUGCAGUCAUGCGAGAUAAGCAUGUUUUGUUUUUUUCUUUGUCAUGAUUCGGAAAUAACCAUCUUGUACUUUCUAAUUAAAAUCAAAGCGGUUGUAUUUAUAUACAGAAGUGGA